AGUGUUUCAGAGUUUACUACUUAUAGGCGCAAACGAAUGUUCAGAUUGCAAAGGGUUAAUACUCAUUCUGUCGGAGUUACAGAAGAUUCAAUUAAUCGAUGCAAUUGCGCGUUCUCAGGAAAACUGUGCGCUUGGUAAAGUGUUAAUAUCGCCGAUUAACAGGAUCGUCUUCGUUAAUACUGUCGAGAGAGAGAGGCGACAUAAAUAGUCCUAACAGAGCUGAAUCGAUCGAAUGCUCGAGCCUGCGUGCUGGUGGAUACCCCAUGCGACUUCUCCGUAGAUUUCAGCGUCCGUCGUGAUCUCAUUCGUCACAGUUCAGAUAUCGUUCCAACGAGUCAGCUCUGUCAUCCGUUUUCCAAAUCGGUUUUGUAAACCACAACCGCCUAAAAAUGCCAUCGGUACGCCGGAUGAUCUUGGGGCACGUCGUAUCCGGCUUGUGCACCAAAAUGAAUCGAACGAAAAAGCUUCAAGGUGAUUUACUGGAGACACCGAUGAAGAGGUGCCUUUCCACGUUCGACAUCACGCUCCUCGGUGUGGGUCAUAUGGUCGGCGCUGGGAUUUACGUCUUGACAGGAGCCGUGGCCCACAACACCGCUGGUCCGGGUGUAAUUUUGAGCUUCCUAUUCGCUGGGGUGGCUUCCCUAUUCGCGGCUCUAUGUUACGCGGAAUUUGGCUCUCGAGUACCAAAAGCUGGCAGCGCUUACGUUUACACCUACAUCACCGUAGGUGAAUUCUGGGCGUUCGUGAUCGGUUGGAACAUCAUACUGGAGCACAUGAUCGGUGCUGCAUCAGUGGCCAGAGCCUGGAGUGGAUACGUGGACUCGUUAGCAGGAGGAGCUAUAAGCAACUACACCCGUUACAUGAUGCACGGCUACACCAUGGCAGAACCACUGGGACAUUACCCAGAUUUCUUAGCAGCUGGUCUCUGCCUGGCUUACGCUAUGCUGCUCGCCUUGGGCGUCAAAUGUUCAGCGACGGUCAAUUCUCUGUUGACAAUCAUCAACCUAGCCGUAAUGGCCCUGGUGAUCGGUUUGGGAAUUUCUUACGCGAAGCUUUCAAAUUGGAGCAGCGAGAACGGAGGUUUCCUGCCGUUCGGGUUCACUGGAGUGCUAACGGGUGCCGCAACGUGUUUCUACGCUUUCGUGGGCUUCGACUCGAUUGCAACUUCCGGCGAGGAGGCCCGCGAUCCUGGACGCAGCAUCCCUCGAGCGACGCUUCUCUCUAUGGCGAUCGUCACCAUGGGCUACGUUCUGGUUGGUGCAGCUUUAACGUUAAUCGUACCGUAUUACAACAUCAAUCCAACCGCAGCCCUUCCCGAAGCAUUCUCAUCGAGGGGGAUAUAUUGGGCUAAAUACGCAAUAAGCGUGGGAGCGUUGUGUGGGAUGACAACGACCCUUUUCGGAUCCCUGUUCUCUCUACCGCGGAUAAUGUACGCAAUGGCGAACGACGGUCUGCUCUUCGGGUUCCUGGGCCACGUGAACGAACGCACGCAAGUACCGGUUCUGAACUUGGCCAUCAGCGGGAUUCUCAGCGCCCUGAUCGCUUUGUUGUUCGACCUCCAGCAUUUGGUCGAGUUCAUGUCCAUCGGUACGUUCCUGUCCUACAGCAUCGUUUCGGCUAGCGUGAUUGUCUUGAGGUAUCGCCCCGAAAAGGUCACGCCUGCACCUUCGAAUGCUGGCACUCCGAGCACCCUGGCAUCGCCUCCCACGGAGAGCGCAGAUUCCAAUAGCGAUUGCAACAGCGUCACAUCCAUCGAGUCAAAGCUUUUGGAUCUGAGCGAAGGCACUGGCAAACUGAAACCACGAUACGCCUGGAUGGCUAAGUUUUUGGGCGACGGCAAGUCUGGAAUGGGGGUGACCGGUUUGGUGCUGCUUUACAUAGGUGGUUGCGUAUCUCUAACCCCUUUGGUACUUUUAACGCACAUGCGUAUCUUUCCGAUGGGUUGUGGCUACUUCACCGUGACCUAUAUGGUUAUCUUGACGGUCGGAAGUUUACUCAUGAUCUGUGCGUACCAACAAAAUCCUCCUACUGGCGAAUUUCGCGUACCCAUGGUACCCCUGGUACCAGCACUGAGUAUUUUGUUCAACGUGGGACUGAUGUAUCACUUGUCCCUUCUAACUUGGCUACGAUUUCUCGUGUGGAUGAUAUUCGGAAUAUUGAUAUACUUUUUGUUCGGGAUCCACUACAGCAAAGAGUCGACCAGCCCGGAUUCUUAUUCGGUUCUAAUGGCGACCUCGGAAGCGGAAAGAGGAGCGAAGUGGAGCGCCACGUUGCAGCGCGUCAAUCAGAAAAGCGAUAAAGUUCCGAUUUUAAACGACGACGAUUUAGUCCACUAGAAACUUUACCGUUCCUCGAAACUGUAUAAAGAUAUGCUAAUCGCCGCUGGAUGUAAAUCGUUGUUCGUAGAAAAAGCGAAGCGUAACACGACCAUCGUUCUCUUCGUUGAGGCUUGUAGAAGCCCCCUUAAAAAUGGAGAACAGUUUCGACGGGCACUUGUACAUACCGACGUUACGUGAAAUGCUGAAUCUAAUUAAUCGCGACCUCUUGAAACCCUCUGCCCUCGAAAGUUUACCGGGCCGAACAUUGGAGAGAUCUCAGAACAGACAAGACUGUGUUUUAGUACUUACCUUGGCUGGUUUUCGGUAGAUACUGGUUUGUUCGUUGUAUUAUAAUUGCAGGCCCUGAUCAGAGUCUCCUUUAUAAUUUAUCGCGCACAAAUAUACGCAUAUUCUUUAUUUUAAAAGCGCGCAUCGAUUGCACGUCCCUAUAGUAAAUUCGAAAACGUUCGUUUACAUGGUUUUUUCAUAGAUAAAGGACAGAACAAAAAGUUCAUCCGUUGAUAUAGUACAACAGCAGAAUUCGAGCGACUCUAUGGGAAAGUAUUACAUUAUAAUAUGAUUCUUGACCAACCUGCGAUCAUCUGGUGCAAAAAAAAAAUGGGUUGAACACUUUGAAUUCGAAGAUUAAAAGUAAUCGUAAGGAAAGAAACUUGCGGGUAUAGCGUAUCCAUUUAAUCGCCAAGUGGACACACACACAGGCGUAACGUUUAAAUCAAAAGACAUAAGAGCAAAAGGGAUAGAGGAGUCACCGUAUUUUUAACGAAAGACCAGAUUUUUAAAAGGGAGGCCGAGCGACUGUCUCUUCUAGUGAAUUUUAACGUUCUGCUACAAGGAUCGAAACAUGGUGCCUUAGGAACGGAUAGACUAAUUAUAUAGUAAGAUAUAUGAAUCUAAAUACAUGACAAUAGAUUCGCCUGUUACACGGCAGGCAUUAAGCUUAAGAUUACCUGUACACAGAUUUGCUAAGCACGUGGAUUACCCAGUGGCGUAUCGUCGUCGAUGCCAGGGUCUGUCUGCUUGUAAAAUAAUACGUUUUCAUUGUCUAAGCCGCGAUAGAUUAGAAAAAUUCCGUUGGAUUUAUAGCAUUGGCCCCAUUUUACCGCAGAGGCUCGGUACGAUUCGUAUUGCACCGCGACGACGCCUCUGGGAUCAACCGUUCCUCAGACCUGGGCAAUUUUUAUUUGAAAUGAAAGUGAGAAAUAAUUAUGCGAAAUGAUGUUCAAGUUAUCUAGAAAUUCUGUUCUAUUUACGUAACUAUAUUUAUAUAAUUCGUAUAAUUGCAUAAUUUAUGUCAUUCGUACAAAUUAUACAAGCUUUAUACAGCUUCAGAAAAACAAAAACGCGAGAUAAGGUACCAUGUUACUUGAAAUAUUUGUUCGAAAUGAAAUAAGGUCCGUUCAUUCCUCCUUCGAAAUUGUAUCACUUUAUUUACGUUAUAGUAAAAUAAUACAAGUUACAUUAUUACGUUUAUAUAAUUUGUAUAACUCUAUAAUUUAUAUCAUUUAUACAAUUUAUACAUGUAUUUAUAUAUGUACGUGUUAUAUUUUAUUUCACUUUGUAAAAUAAUAUGCAAACUCUGAUUGUACAUAAAAACGAAAUUUGAAAAAAAAAGCGAAGUAAGAUAACAUGUUACUUGAAAUAUUCUUUAAAAAUGGAGUAAGAUCACGCUCGCCCAAUAAAACUGCCCAGGUCUACCGUUCCUAAUCCACCAAUCUACUCGUGAUUGUCUCAACGUUAAGAAUAUGAAAGGAACACUAUCGACUAAUGAAAUAUCUCGCGGUUAAUCGUUUCCGUGUAACAUACGUAAGCGCACGUAUCAUCGUAAACCACAGUCCUCCGUUGAACAGAUCAAACAUGGAUCGAUUGCACUGGUUACAAUAACAGAUAAAUAUAAUCGGUGUUACGUAAGAAACUAUGUACAUGCGUAUCGAUGUCGUAAUGAUUACUACCGUCGAAGUGUCGUAGCCGUUACUUAGAUGAAGAAAACACCGUAGCGAAACCGUAACCAUGUUGUACAAAGGUGUAACGCCAGAACCUAGCCAUUCGAGUGUGUAUUACACAGAAUCAGUGGCGCAUUACACCUUCACGGAGCACGAAACAAAAUUCGGUGUCCCGAUUUCAAACAAAAAGGAACAACGAACAUUUUUAUAUCGAAUCUUAUUUUUAAAAUAAAUUACUACAUUAUUCCGCACAAUAGCUACCCAAACGAAAACAAUUAUUCCUUUUCAGUUACCAUGCACAAAUUCGUUCAAGUGAGACCUUUUGUUAACUUCGAUCUCCAUUUAUAAAAUAAACAAAUUACAUAAGAGAUAUAUCGAAUAUAGAACCUUCUUUAAAAAAUUGUACAUCGACGUACCGAAAACAAUAAUCAGCGUUUGAGUUAUUUCCAGGUGAGAUUGAUACGUGUUUAUGCCAAGUACCGCGAAUAAAGAAAUUCGUUUCACGUAUCAUUGUACGCGAGUACAAUGCAAGUAACGAGAGCGAAUUUUUUGGAGCUGUUCGAGGCCCUAGGAUAAUGCGCCACUGCAGCAGGGCAACCAGAAGAAACGCAAGGGGCCAUCUACCCCCUACGAAAGAGUGUGAAACAUGUUUUCAAAUAUUGGAUUGUCCGGAAAGUCCAUGUCGGUUUUUGUUAGGUGGUACAGGUCUGAAUAUAUCGAAGUG